GAUUUUUGCGCUCUCCAGAUGAAUAUAGUGCCCAAACUAUCAGUAACUAUCGAACUACUUAGCGGUGGGAAGUCCUGCCUCGGGUUUUACAACGGUUGCUUGACUUAGUUGGGGGACAAUAAAUGCCAUACCCGACUCGGCCCUAAGUCUUGGAGCUGGCGCUUCCCAGUGGAGCAGAUGGCAAAUGGUCAAUUGGCAGGCAACGGCUUCCGCUCGUACCGUGUUGUGAUGGCUAGACGUCGUCGCUAGCGGGGUAGCUAUCUGUAUGGCUGCUGCUGGUACCGCUGAAGAUCACCAAAUAGGAAAUAUGACAUGUAUACCCAGUGGAUUACUCGUCAUUCCUUCCAAAAACAUGGAGUGAUUUCUUAAUAAAAUCAUGCGCGCCCUCAAAUCAGAUCACUGCUGCAGAGAUUUCUUGCCCUUGCAUGUGGAUUUAUCGGGCAGGUUUUAAAGGCCAGCAGCCACGACUGGAUCUUUGUCUUCAGUGUGCUUCCUCUAAAUAUUAGCUAUGUGUUUAUGCGAGUUGGAUACGCUCGGAUACGUUUAAACAUUAACGGGAAUUCGUGCUAAGGAAGCCCAAAGAAGGAAGUCCAGGACGGGAUAGGCGCUCAGACACUACCCGUUCCCAAAGAAACAUGGCCUCAGUGUGGAAGAGACUGCAACGUGUGGGAAAACAUGCGUCCAAAUUCCAGUUUGUGGCUUCCUAUCAGGAACUGAUGGUGGAAUGCACUAAGAAAUGGCAACCAGACAAACUUGUGGUGGUUUGGACACGCAGGAGUCGGCGGAAAUCAUCCAAGUCCCACAGCUGGCAGCCUGGCAUUAAAAAUCCUUACAGAGGUGUGGUGGUGUGGCCUGUACCAGAGAACAUUGAGAUCACUGUCACGCUCUUUAAGGACCCCCAUGCAGAGGAGUUUGAAGACAAAGAGUGGACUUUUGUCAUUGAAAAUGAGUCUCCAUCUGGGCGGAGGAAGGCCUUGGCUACCAGCAGUAUCAACAUGAAACAGUACGCCAGUCCUAUGCCCACACAAACAGAUGUCAAACUCAAGUUUAAGCCCCUGUCGAAGAAAGUGGUGUCGGCCACACUGCAGUUCUCCCUCUCCUGUAUCUUCCUCCGUGAGGGAAAGGCCACAGAUGAAGAUAUGCAGAGCCUGGCCAGCCUGAUGAGCAUGAAGCAGGCAGACAUCGGCAACCUGGACGACUUUGAGGAGGAGAAUGAGGAGGAUGAGGAGAACAGGGUUAACCAAGAGGAGAAGGCUGCCAAGAUCACAGAAAUAGUAAACCAGUUGAAUGCCCUCAGCUGCUUACAUGGGGAUGAUGAUGAUGAUGGUGGUGUCCUUAAGCGAGCACGCAAAGCAACCGCUAAGCCUGCCGCUUCCUCCCAAGAGCUGAUCAACAAGCUGAACUUCCUGGAAGACAAGGAUCAGGAAACGCCUCCCACCAUGAACACCAAUCCCUUUGAUGAGCCUGAUGGCGACCUUCAUUCUAACCACCUCAACCCAUUUGGUGAUCCUGAUGUGGAAGAGCCCCCUGCUCAGCUGUUCUUAAGGCAGCAAGAAGGUGAUGAUUCCUUCUAUGACCACGACUCCUCCAAUCCGUUCAAUGGGCCGGAUGAACCAGAGGCACAUACACCCCCGGGGAACCCCUUUGAGGAACCGGACCAGGACAUGGACACCCAGCUAGGCCCAGAACCCCCCAAGCCGAGGCCGAGGAAAGGUGUACGGCCAGUUGACAUGAGCAAGUACUUGUACGCCGACACCUCUCACAACGAGGAGGAGGAGCUUGAUGAAUCCAAUCCUUUCUACGAGCCAAGGACAUCAAGCCCUGCCCAGCCACCCGCUGGCAGCCCCUCCCUGGAUAUGGAUAGCAGCCAGAAGAGGAGGGCUCCCCCGCCCCCAGGUUUCAGCCCUGGCCCCAGUGCGCCAGCUCCCAAGCCCAGCUCUGGCUUGGCCAUGGAGAGAGCCCAGCCGGUCGGGCCCAGCCCGGUGGCAGUAGUCAUUGAGAGAGAGUUGGCCUCAUCUUCCCCAAAGCCCAGCCCCUUCCCAAGUCCAGUUCUGGGAGGGAAACCCAAUGCCAGCCAGUCCCUGCUGGCCUGGUGCCGCGAGGUCACCAAGAACUACCGUGGAGUGAAGAUCACAAACUUCACCACCUCCUGGAGGAACGGCCUGGCCUUCUGCGCCCUGCUGCACCACUUCAGACCUGACAUCAUAGACUAUAAGUCGCUCGGUCCUCAGGAUAUUAAAGAAAACAACAAAAAGGCGUAUGAUGGCUUUGCGAGCCUGGGCAUCUCGCGUCUUCUGGAACCAUCCGACAUGGUGCUGCUGGCUAUUCCUGACAAGCUAACAGUGAUGACCUACCUGUACCAGAUCCGGGCCCACUUCUCCGGUCAGGAGCUCAAUGUGGUGCAGAUAGAGGCCAACAGCAAUCGCAGCACAUACAAGGUGGGCGACUUUGAAACCGAUACAAAUGCCUCUAUAGGCCAGGACAAGUUCUACGCUGAACUCAAUGAUGUGCAGCAGCGCCAGGCAGACUCUCAGCCUGUCGUGUCUACUGCUGGAGUUGACACUGAAUCUAAUGGCACUAAAGUCACUGAGGAGGUGGCAGUGAGGCCGGGCUGGAAGGCAGAAGUGGGAACAGUUUCAGCCAGUUUGUCAACAACAGGGCCUUUGCAGUCUUCACCCCCUCUCCCAACAUCAUGCACAGUAUUAGACACCCCAGCAACAGACUUGACCCAUGUGACACUGCCUGGCUCUGAGGACAGGGGAAGUCUUCUGAAAGCUAACACUUUGGACCUUAGUGAGUUACCACAGAGAGUGGAGAGAGAGAUGGAGAAGGAAAGACAGCAGAAAGAAGAGGACAGAAGAGAGAGAAGUACAGAUUCAGGGUCACUGACCAGGAGAGGGGCCUCCUCCCCACCCCACCAGAAACUAGGCUUCUCCUAUAACAGGGACGCUGACCUGAUCAAGAAGAAGAGGGCCAGUCUGCGUCACUCAGAGUCUGAGCCCUCCUCAGACACCAGCUCCCCUCCAGUCAACCACACAGACACGCGUCCCAAACAGGAGCCAACACCUGCUCCUGUAUCAAGUCCUCCAGCUGAGAAGAAGGUGCUCUCUCGUCAGGAGGAGCUGAAGGAGAGAGCCAGGCUUCUCCUGGAGCAGGCCCGCAGAGAUGCUGCAAUGAAAGCUGGCAACAAGAACGUCCCCAACUCAGGCGUGUCUGCACCAAACAGGGCCGCAAAUGUCUGUGAUGAGCGGGAUGCUGAGCGGCGAAGACAGCUGAGAGAACGAGCAAGGCAGCUGAUAGCUGAGGCUCGAUCUGGAGUCAAGAUGUCCGAUAUGAGUUUGCUGGAUGCAUCCGGCAGUGAGAGAGGCAGCAAGACCCGCCCUGCUGGAGAUGUUUUGCACGGAGUGAGAGGUCAUCAUGAGGAUGACGGUGUUGAUGGUGAAAGGGGUGAGGAUGAGUGGAGGGCUAAGCAGGAGAAGGUCCAUUUUGAUAGUGGUGAUGAUGGUGAGAUUGCUGCUGCUGGUACAUCUGCAUCUACGCUGGUUACUAAUCCACUGCCACUGGAGGCCCCUCUUCCAGCCACUUCCAGCACCCAUGGGCCCCUGGAGCUUACUAACACCAGCUCUGAGCUAACCUGUCUGGGUACCAACAGUAAGCAUGUAGAUCUGAAGCUGUGCAAGCUAGUGGAGGUCAACCCAAGAGGAGUCACCUCCCCUUCAUCCCCAUCCUCCACCUCCUCCUCCUCGCCCACUUCCUCUUCCACCUCCCCGCUCAGCCCUGUAGAAGGACUGGAGAACAACGCAGUGGAGUUAAGAGCAGAGCGCCUGCGCAGAGCUACAGAGAAGUUGCGUAGCCCGGUAGUCUUCAACAAGGACUCUACAGUUAGGAAAACACAGCUGAAGUCCUUCAGCCAGUAUGUGGAGAGCAGACCGGAGGUUAAGGCACAGAAGUCUGUUCCUGAAGAUCUGAAGAAGGCCGAGGAGGACAGGGGCUCACCGACAGAGGUCGAUGCUCGCAGGCCGUUUGAAGAGGAGAAGGCGUUCAAAGACACCAGUCAGUAUGUGGUUGGGGAACUGUCUGCGCUGGAGAGCGAGCAGAGGCACAUAGAUGCCCGAGCAGCUCGCGUGGAGAAGAGGCUGCGCUAUCUCAUGGACACAGGCAACAACAAGGAGGAGGAGGAGGCCAUGAUGCAGGAGUGGUUCAUGCUGGUCAACAAGAAAAACGCCCUCAUCAGACGACAGAACCAGCUCUCUCUGCUGGAGAAAGAGCACGAUCUGGAGAGACGCUUCGAACUGCUGAACAGGGAGCUGAGAGCCAUGUUGGCCAUCGAGGACUGGCAGAAGACGGAGGCCCAGAAGAGACGAGAGCAGCUGCUGCUGGAUGAGCUGGUCAUACUGGUGAAUAAACGAGACGCGCUGGUCAGGGACCUGGACGCCCAGGAGAAAGAGGCCGAGGAGGAGGACGAGCACCUGGAGAGGACGCUGGAGCAGAACAAAGGCAAGAUGGCCAAGAAAGAGGAGAAGUGUGUCCUUCAGUGAUUGUCAGAAAAACAAAUGUAGCCGAUAAAAGAAAUGCAGCAUCAUCAUUAUCAUCAUCAUCAUCAACACUUGAUGGUGGAUUUUAAACAUUUUUAUCAGUUGUUGAAUCCAGAUCUGGUUGUUGUUGUUUUGGUCACGUGAACCACUGAGACUGAGCUGAAAGAAGAGACCUGCGAUGCCUUUGUACCAACUUUGUCGGCUCAGACUGUCCCACACGUGCACAGUAUUUCUUUAAUUUUAAUUCUCCUUUGCUUUACCAAGAAUGGUACUUGUAUUUAAUAUACAUAUGUAUGAAACAAGAGCAGUGCAAGCCCUGUCAGACGGUGUGGUGUUUGUACGCACUGACGCAGCAGCGCAGUCGGUUUGAGGUACAGCACAGCUGGCUUUAACGGGGCUUUUCCUUUUUUCAUCAUGUUGGAGACGUCGAGUGGGGUCAACAUUUCAGGUGGACUUUUAAAAGGAAAGUCCUUCUAAUAUCAGUCUUUUCAACUACUUCAUUACUUGACUGUGUACCUUUUAAUUAUUUCACUUUAAACUUUUUACUUGUAAAAUAUCUUAAAGGGGAACCUUCAUAAAUCUUGCAUAACUCCUAACUUUCCUAUUGCCAUUUUUAUUGUCUUGGCUUGAAAGCAGUUUACCAAAAGAAAAAUCAUAUUUAAAAAAAACAAACAUGUAUAUUUCCAUCAGUGCUCCGAGCAGUGGCUUCCUCUGCUCUGUCAGGACUCAUGCAGUCAAACCAUAUACAUAUAUACAUAUAUACAUAUAUAUAUAUAUACAUAAUUUAUUGCUGUUUGUCUUUUAAGAUGCUUGUAAUUGAUCUGCCAUCACAUGUCGUGUGCGUUUUGCUCAGUAACUUUUGGUUUCUAUUUAUUGUAAGAAGAGAAAUAUGCUUCCACGUGCGUCUCUUAGAGCUCCACAUCUGGUGCAGCUGUCCUUUGCGUGUGAACAUUUAUCUGUUUAUUUAUUCCAGUGUCAUAACCCAGUCCUCCAGUAAUAAAGUCCUGAUGAUUUCAUACUCCACGAAGCAGAGUGUGGCGUGUU